AUGUCAAGCAAAGUCAUUAGUUUACCAAAAUCCUUGUUAGACCCAUCUCAAUGGGACAAACUUGUCGAAAAAUUCAAAACCUACCGUCUUCAAUCCCUCCAGCUGUCUCCAGAGGCUUUCAGCUCAACCUAUGCCCGCGAAGUCGAAUUCCCAAAAGAGAUCUGGGAGUCGCGUUUGAAAAAUGCAUCCGCAUUAAACACCAUCGUCAUCUCGGAUCCCAGUCCUGACUCGGAAGAUGAUCUCUCCCUUACUCUAAACUCACCGUGGAUCGCAUCACUUGUGCUAAGCGGCCCGCUAAAUGCCGCAACUGCUGCGAAGGAUUGGGAGGAGCAACAGAACUUCGACCCCGGAACAACCUAUUUUGGUCCAGUCCCCCCGGAAAUCGAGACGGCUUAUGUGCUCAAUGCUAUCUACGUGCUUCCCUCUGAAAGACGCAAGGGUUUGGCUAAUCAGCUUAUUGAUUAUACGAAGCGAUACGCUGUUGAGGUAAACAAAGGGAAGAAGAUUAUGCUGGUUUUACUUGUGAACUUCGAGAUUAUUGGUUCAGAGAGUCUGAUGAUUCUGGGACCAAGGGACAUGCGGCUGUGA